AUGCUCCUCCCCCCCUUUCUUCCCCGCCCUCCUCGGGCCCCUCCCUGCCCCCUUCUCUGCCUUGUCUGUUCUCUGCUGCUCCCAAUUGCCUGUCCCAUUCUCUCCUCCGCCCUGCCUGUGCUGCCCUGCCUCCUCCCUCUCCUGCCCUCUGCUGCUCCUGCUCACCCUCUCCUCACUGUUUGCUUUUCCACCCUGCCCUUCUCGCUCUCUCCUGCCCUCUGUUCUGCCUCCUUCCUCCCCCCCUCCUGCCCCCCCUGCUCCCUCCGCCUUUGUCUUCUCUGCCUCUCCCUUGCUCCGUCUCACCUUUUGCUUUCCUCUUCCUCCCCCUCACCCUGCUGGCUUUCCCCCCUCCCCACCUCUGUGUCCCCCCCUCCUUCCUCCCCUUGCCUCCUGGCGCCUCCUGCUUGCCCCUCUUCCUGCGCUCCCUCUUGCUUGCGCCCCUCUCCGUCCAUUCCUCUCCCUUUCUUGCCCGCUCCCUCUCCCUCUGCCCCUUCCCUGCUCUCCCCCCUCCUGCUUUUCCCUCCUUUCCCCUCCCCCCCCCCUCUCUUCUGCCCCUGCCGCUCCCCCUCUCCCCGUCAUCGAUGCCCCUCCUCCCCCUCUAGACCCUUCUGCCUCCCCUGCCCUUCCCCCCCCUUCCGCCUGUCUGCCCGCUUGCUUUGCCCCCCCUCCCCCUGCUCCUCCUGCUUUCCCCCCACCCUCCGCCCUCCCCUCCCCCCUCCCUUGCUACACCUCCUGCUUGGCUCUGCUAGUGGGGCCCCCCCACUGCUCUCGCCCCUUCUCUCCACCUCCCCUCUUCCGCUCUGCGCGCUUCCCCUCCUUGCCUUCCAUACUCUCUCCCUUCCUCCCCCCUCUCUCCUGCACCCCCCCUCCACUCUCCCUUUUGCCCUGCACUCCUCUGUCCUUUCACUCUUCUGCCUGCUGUACUCCCCCCUCCCUUCGCCCCGGCCGAUCCCCGCCUGCCCUUGUACUGUGCUCCUGCCCUCUGCCACCCCCUUAGCACCCCCUGCUGAUCCUCCCCCCGGCUCCCCUUCCUUCCCUCUCUCUACUCUGCCCCUCCUGUCCCGCCCCUCCCUGUCCUUAACCCCCCCUACCACCCUGCUGCCCUGCUGUCGGCUUCCACCUCCCUCCCCUCUCUCCCCUUCCGGCCUGCCUGUCACCAGGCUCGUCUUCGCACCCCCCACCUACAGUCCUUGCCCUGCCUCCUUCCUUACCUCCCUCCCUCUGGCGUGCUCCGGCUCCGGCCUCCCUGACCCCCCAUCCUCCUGCCUUCGUUUCUCGUUCCUCGCCGUUCCUGCCUGCCGUCAGGCCCCUUUCUUCCCCCUGCCUGCUGCCCCUAGCCUAGCUUCCCCCCCCCUCCUACCGCGCCCGCUGGCCCGCCGCGAGUCCCUCCGGCUCGAGCCUGAUUCCUGCGCCUGCCUCCUCGGUCCUCUUGCCGCACUUCCGUCUCCCGGCUUCCCUCUCGCCACCAUCUGCUGCCCCCCAUCUUCUUCUGCCCUUGACCUGCUCUCUUUCUCUUCCCUCCCUCCUGCCCUCUUUCCCGCUGCCUCGCGCCCCUUCCCCUCCUGCUCUCUCCCCUCCCUCUGCCCCUUCAGGCCUCCUCACUCCUCUUCCCCCCCACUCCUAUCCUCCAUCCGCCUCCCUCCUUUCCCUGUCACUCCCUCCCCUGCCCUGCUCGCCUCUACUACCCCUGUUUGCUUCGGCUUGUUCGUCCUCUGUCUCCCUCCUCGUCCUUCUGCCUCCUUGCCUUGUCUGUCCCUCCCCAUGUUCCUUCUGCGCCCCCCUUCCCUGCUCUCUCACCUCCCCCCCUCCCCUUUUGCACACCCCCUCCCCUGCCCUCCUCUUGCUUCCUCUGCCUGGCCCUCCCAUCCCCCUUCCCCGCACUCUUCCCCGCCUUGCUUCUCGCCUCCUAUUCUCUGUCCCUUUGCUCUGGCCCCUGCCUUCCUCCGCUUCUCCUCCCCCCUCCUCCCCUUCCCGCACUUUCAUCCCCCCUUCUGUCCCCCUCCCACUGUGCUUGCUGCUGCUCCCCCUUUCUCUCUGCUCUCCCCUGGCCCCCCCUUUGCUGAACCUCUUGCUUCCUUGGUUUUCUACUUUCCUCUCUUCCCCCGUCCUCCUGCCUGCCUCCUAACCUCCCUUCCCUCUGCUUCCUCCCUGUGUCCUCCCCCCCCUCCUGCUCACCCCCUCGUCUCUCCUCCCUUCUCUCACCCUGCCACUCUUGCUCCCUGCCUCUGCCUCCCUCCCUCCCACCUGACCUCCCUUGCCUGCCCCUACCCUCCUUUGCUCCCUUCUGCUACCCAUCUUUGUCCCCCACCCCUGUCUUCCCUUCCACUUCUGCUGCUGCUUUCCUGCUCUCUGCCUCUCUGCCCCUUUCCGCCUCCCCUCCUCCCUCCUGCCUCUUGCGCCCUCGCCUGCCCUGCUCUCCUCCAUCCCCUCCCCAUCCUCUUCCCUGCUGCCUCGCCCUCUCUCUGUCCCUUCUACCUGCUCCCUCUGCCCUCUCCUGCUGCCUCCCUCUUUCCUCUCCUGCCCCUCCCUGUUGUCCUGCUCGCCCCCGCCUCCUGUCCCUUGGCCAUCCCUCCUCCACCCCCCUGCCUCACCCUACUGUCCCCCCCCACCUCCCCCCUGCUCUCUCCUCUGCCCCACUUCCUCCUCGGCCUGCCUUGCUGCCCCCCCUGCCUCUCUGACCUGCCCCCCUUGUUUCCUUUGAUCCCUUUUCCCUUGCCUCCUCUUCCCUGCCCCCCUGCCCCCUCCCCCUUCUGCCCUUCCCAUCCCCUCCCCCCACUCCCUUUCCUCUCCUCUCCCUCCCUCUCCGAGCUCUCUCUCCUGCUCCGCUCCCCCUCGCCUCCCUUCUCCCCGCUGCCCUCCCCUCUCCCUUGUCCAUCCAUCUCUGCCCCCCCUUCUGCCCGGUUCCCUCCCCCUCCUUUACCCUGCCACUCUUUUGCCCUCCGCUCCUUGCUUUGCCUUGCGGCUCCCGCCACUUUGGCCUCGUCUCCCCUACCAUGCGUCGCCCCUUCACAAUUGGCUCACCCCUUGCUUCCCUCCAUUGCUCCACCUGCCACUCCGUUUCCCUGCUCGCUGCCCCUUUCGUCUUGCCCCCACAUCCCCCUCUUCCCACUUCGCGUGUCGCCCUGCCCGACCAUUGUUGACUUUCUAUUCCCGUCUCUCGCCCCUCACUUUCUGCCCAUUCCCCUUCUUCUCUGGCCCUUGUCCUGCCGUCUUUCUUCUGCGCUCUUGCCCUCUCCCCUCCCCUUGCCCGGGCCCUCCUGUCUUCCCUCUCCUUUUCCCUUGUGUUGCUUCCCCUGCCUCCCUCUUCUCCCUUGCUUUCCCCUGCCCCCUUUCUGUCCCCCCCCUUGCCCUCCCUUUCUCCCCCUCCCUCGCCUCCUGCCCUGCCCUAUGACGGCCUCUCCACUCCCCCUCCCCCCCUUCUGCCCUCAGCCCCUCUCCUGUCUUCCUAUUUUCCCCUCUCUGGCAUUCCCCCCUUUGCCCUUCUCUUCUGUGCCAUCUUCCUCAUGCCUCCUUCCCCCUCCUCCGCCCUUACUCUGCUCUCCUCUCUGCCCCACCCACUUACUCCCUUGUUGCGGCUCUCCCGUCUGCCCCUCCUGUCUCUCCCUCCCUGUUCCCCCUCCCUACCCUGCUGGAACUCCUUCCUACUUCCUCUCCCCUGACCCCUUCCCUCCCCUCUUUUUCUGGCUCUUGGCUCCCACUCCCUCCGUCUGCCCCUUGAUCCCUGCAUGUAUCUCUGUGCACCCCCUGCCCCCUGCCCUGUCUGCUCUUGACCCCUUCGCCUCUCCUCCCCCUCUUCCCUGCUUUCCUUCUCUCCCUCCCUCCCUGUCUCCUAAGUUAUUAAACAUGUUUCCCAACGUUUUGGUGAUAUAA